GUCCAUUACAUCCAAUCAUCCAUCACCUCCUGCCUACCUAUUCAGACGGGUAGAAGACCAGAAUCUCCAGUUGUAGCGCCAGCAUAUUCCUAACUUCCUGUCUACCUAGGGAAUGGGUAGAUCGACUUGAAUAUCAGCUACCAGGCGGCCAGCUCCCGGCUCCCCCAUUACUGGCAUCUCCCAUAAUCUAUGGAACCUCGUUUAUGACGAGUCUCUCACCUCGUCGCGCGCUGCUGGCGCCGAUCUGACCUUUGAAGCCAUCCAAUCCCCCGAUACCUUUUCGAUUCCUAUUCACCAACACGAAUAAAAGAUGGCCGAACCCCCUCAGACGAAGAGGAAGAUUACCCUCAAGAUUGGCGGCACCUCCUCAGGCGCGGCGACGCCGACCGCGACGACUCCCAGUUCUGCUCUGCCGUUCGCAACCUCACCUGCCCCCGAGACCCCUUCCUCCGAGGGCGGCACAAAGAUCAAGCUCAGCGUCGCCAGGAAGCCCCUGCCUUCGGCGCCCCCAGAUGGAGCCCAUCCAGCGGUUAUGCCGCCGCCGCCGGUACCGAUUCUACAAGAACCCAAGCCGUCCGUGAGGACAAAGACGGGGCGUAUAACAAAACCGACAGCCAAGAAACGCGCUAAGGACGAUACACUCGGUGACAAACAUGGGGAUGGGCCUCUUGUGAACGGGUCAUCCACGACGGAGCCAAAGGCAAAGCGAAUCAAGGUCCUCAAGACACCGAUUCUGACCAGGCCGCCCACCCUAAAGCUCAAGAACGCGGGCAAGAUACCCUACCGCCCACCGGGGGAUGGCUACGAUUCUGAGGCUGAAGACGGAGAGGCCGAUCCGAUCAUUGAGGAGCAAUUCGUCUUGCGCAUGCCACCUGGCGAGCACUGCGAUUACAUCCGCAAGGCUAUCCAAGAGCGGAAGAUUGGCCUCCCUCGGCAUCAAGGAGGCGCCGACCUUUCGAUGAAAUGGGUCGAUGACGAGGGUCGGCGGUGCAUGGUUACCGUUCAAGGACAGAACUACGCCGCCGUUCUACUCGACCUGCCCACCAUUACGGAGGCAAUGAAGACCUGGGACAAGAAGUCUCUCAUCAAGGCUGCGGACAUCUGCCAGAUGCUGCUGGUGUUUGAAAAGGUCAAGAACGAGGAGGAGGUGAGGCACGCGAAGCUCCCCAAGCUGGCCGAGCAGGGCUACAGAUGGCCGCACGGUCUCACCCCACCAAUGCACGACUGCAUUCACAGGCGAUUCCGGAAGCGCCUGAGCAAGCUGGAGAUCCAGAACAAAGAAGCCGAAGUCGAGCGCUUGCUCAGGGCCGAUAAGGAGGCUGCAAGCACGAGAUGGGAGUUUGUCGACGACCGGCACCAGGCCAACGCGGCCGGCAGGGAAGAUUCUCAACUGUACGAGGAGGAGGAGGAGGAGGAGGAAGAGGAAGAGGAGGAGGAAGAAGAAGAAGAAGGAGGAGAGGAAGAUGCGGAAGCAGACGCGGAAGGUGAGGCUGAGGACUACUUCGGCGACGGAGGCGCUAUGGAGGCAGACCUGGACUUCGACGAUGCGCUUCUCGAGGCCGAGUUCGAGGCCCAAGUCAGCGAUGCAAUGGCGGAGCCUCUUGACGCGGGCACCCCGACUCUGGGCGUCGGAUUAGAAGUAGCCACGCCGACGACCCCGAACACGGCAACUCCGGCGGGCCAGACAGAUGCAAGUGGCGCGGAGGAGGACGUCGACGUCGACGCCGACGCCGACGAGGACGAGGACGAGGAGGACGAAUCAGAAGAGGACGAAGGCGACCAUGGCGACAUCGACGAGGACGAUGUGGACGGCGUCCGGCACGAUGAGGUCACCGCCGUCCGCAACGAGAUCGCGCACUUGAAGAAACAGCUCACGGACCUCGAGGGGCAGCUCGCUAGAAGCGUGCAGCCCAUGAUGCAGAGACGCAUUGAGCAGAAUAUCAAGAACCUCAAGGCCGAGGUCGAGUUGAAGAAGUCCUCCAUCGGAGAGAUGGACGACGAUUAGCUUUAGGGAUUACAACCCAAUCUCGGUGGGCAAGGCGUUAGUUCCGGACUGCGUUCAGGAAGUCAUUUACAGGAGUAUUCUAGCUGUAGGAUAUGGACAUGACCCGGUGCCAGAAUGCUUCAGGGGCACAAGAGGAGCAGGGGCCUUUUCGGUGGAAAGCAGGAAGAUAUUUUACAAAAGCAGUUCUCCCAAUGGGAGGCUUAGCGUUAGGGCAUUCUAAAGUGCCCGGGUUCCAAAAAUAUGAUACAUACAACAACAUCC